AACAUGCAAGUUGGGCCUAUAUGCUACUUUUUGAAAGGUCCUGGAGCUUCCAUACCAUUGACUUUUUCUGUGCCUAACAGUCUUCGUCAAGCAAACUCAUAUCUUAAGCGUUUGGCUGAUGAACUAGCAAGUUUAAUCCAUUAUUUCUCAAAUUAAUUUCUUCAUUCGAAAUCAUUUGCUACUGUGACAAUGGCUGAAGCUUUACUUACUGUCAUGUUUGAGAAUCUGAACUCGUUGAUCCAGAAUGGGUUUGGAUUGCUUUGGGGUGUCAACAAAGAGAUGGAGAACCUGUCUAGCAUCCUCUCGACCAUCUGUGCUGUGCUUCAAGAUGCUGAGGAGAGGCAGAUACGGGACAGGGCAAUCAAGAAUUGGCUGCAAAAACUUAAAGAUGUUGCUGAUGAGUUGGAUGACAUUCUGGCUGAGUGUUCAAUCGAGGCAUCGCAACUGGAAUACAAAGGGCAGAGGUUCGGAUCAACCCAAAAGGUAACAGCUUCUUUUUUAUCCUGUCUGAACCCAAAAAAUACUCUGUCACGUUAUAGAAUUGCAACAAAGAUGAAAGAUGUAGCAGAUAAACUGGAUAAAAUUUCAAAAGAGCGUAUGAAUUUUCACUUGCGUGAGGUUGUUGAAGAUAGAAGACUUGUCCAAGUUAGUAACAAACCGGAAACUGAUUCCUUUGUUGAUGAGACACAUGUGUAUGGAAGAGAAAAAGAUAAAGAGAAGAUAGUGGAGUUUUUGGUAGAUAAUUCAAGGAAUUCCAAUGAUCUCUCAAUCUAUCCUAUUGUGGGUAUGGGGGGCAUGGGAAAAACUACCCUUGCUAAAAUAGUUUUCAACGAUGAAAGGGUUAGUGAGCAUUUUGAGACUAGACUAUGGAUUUGUGUUUCAGAGGACUUUGAUGUGAAGAGAUUGAUAAAAGCUAUAAUAGAAUCUGCCACUGAAAAAAAUUGUGAAGCUUUGGACAUGGAUUCUCUAAAGAGACGCCUCCAAAACAUUUUGGAAAGGAAGAAGUUUUUCCUUGUUUUGGAUGAUGUGUGGAAUGAACAUCAAGACCAUUGGGAAAGUUUGAAAAGUGUACUUGCUUGUGGAUUAAAUGGUUCUUCGAUUCUGGUUACAACUCGUCUCAAAAACGUCGCAAGAAUUAUGGGAACAAUACCAAUGCAUGAGUUGUUUGGUUUACCAGAAGAUGAUUGCUGGUCAGUCUUUAAGCAUCGUGCAUUUGGUAAUGAAAGUGAAGAGCGACCAAGUCUUGCAAAAAUUGGGAAGGAGAUUGCGAGGAAGUGCAGGGGAAAUCCGCUAGCAGCAAAGACUUUAGGAAGCUUAUUGCAGUUCGAAAGUGAGGAAAAAGAGUGGGUUUCCGUUAAGGAUAGUGAACUUUGGAACCUUCCACAAGAUGAAACUUCCAUCCUGCCAGCUUUGAAAUUGAGCUACCUUCAUCUACCAAUUGAAUUACGGUGA